AUGGCACAACCGGCAGGAGUACUCAAGGAGUAUACGUUACCCCAAGUGGUUAACAACAAAACAUCAACGUCAAGCAAAAUGACCAUUCGCGAAUACAAGAAAAUAGGUGAGGGAGCUUUCGGAACCGUUGUUGAAGCUGUGUUACGAUACGCUGACAAUAGUUCAUCAUCAACAACAACAACAACAACAACGUCAUCAUCACCACACGAAACAGCGGCAAAUGGAACCACCCUCUCUUCCACCAACGAAUCAUUCGCGUCCAAUGGAAAUAAUCACCACAAAGAUAAUGGCAACAAUAACGGAUGGUUGGGCCCUUUCGCAAUAAAGCGCGUGCCAGCACAAACUGAAUACAAAUCAAGGGAGUUGGAAAUAUUACGUGUUGUACAUCACCCCAAUAUUGUCAGUUUGCGAUUCUUUUUCGACAAGAGAAGUUCAGCAGAUGAUAAGGUGUAUCAGAACUUGGUUAUGGAGUGUUUGCCAUCUACUUUACAACUGGAAAUCAAAUUCUAUCGACAAUCCAAAUACACAAUUCCCUAUCCUCACAUGAAGGCGUACACUUUCCAACUAGCACGAGCAAUGUUGUAUUUGCAUGGGUUGGGUGUAAGCCAUCGGGACAUAAAACCAUCGAAUAUCCUAGUCGAUCCAAAUACAAUUCAACUAAAGAUUUGUGAUUUUGGUUCAGCCAAAAAGUUGGAACCUAACCAACCUUCAGUCAGUUAUAUAUGUUCAAGAUAUUAUCGGGCACCAGAAUUAAUCGUGGGAUGUUCUUUAUACACGACAAAAAUAGAUAUAUGGGGUUUGGGAUGUGUCAUUGCCGAGAUGUUUCUUGGUAAACCCAUAUUCCAGGGGCAUUCACCUGAAACGCAAUUGAAGGAGAUUGCCAAAUUGUUGGGUCCGCCACCAAAUACGUUUUUCUUCAAAAGUAAUCCACAGUAUAGGGGAAAUAUGUACACAACUCGAAUGUUUAGUUGUACUGUUGAAGAACGAUUUAAACAGAUUUUUAGCAACUCACCUCCAGAUGCCAUUGACUUAUUGAUGAAGAUUUUGGUGUAUGAUCCGGAACAACGGGCUAGUCCAAGAAAAGUUUUGGUGCAUUCUUUUUUCCAAGAAUUAAAGAGUCCUGAGUUUAAGGUUUAUCCUAGAGGUGCAUCUGCGCCAAUUGUUUUGGAUUUGUUCAAUUUUAGUGAUUUUGAGUUGGAGUUGUUGGGUCCGUACAAGAGUGAACUUUUAUGA